GACUAAGCAGACAUGGUGGCCUGUAUGCCUGGAGCUGUUACUGAUUCACAGUCCACAGGGUUCAGGCUUGUGUGGCACAUUCUCUGCUGAGCACUGGAGGCAUCUCAACAAUUGCUGGAGAAAGCCCCUUGUCACAGCAGACUCUUUGGUGGCAGCUGAUGGAUCUAGGGGCUGAGUGGAACCAGGGAAACCUCCAUCCACCCUCAUUCCAUCCAGAUAUCCACAGGGCUUUGUGAGCCAGGGCCAGAGCCAGAAAGAGCCUCAGCUUGUGUUGUCUUGACCCUUUGUCCUGCUCCCUGCAGCCUGAUGGCUCAUCAGGCCUGGCCUGGGAAUCUUCCCAGACUCUGGCCUGAGCUGAGAAUGUUGUUAACAAGCAGAUGAGGUCCCCGGCUGGGGUAAAGAACACUUCGGAGCUGCAGAUUUGUCUGACUGCCAGGGGACAGUACUCUCCACCCUACUGGCCUAGGAUCUGACCAGCCUGCCAUGGAGUUGGAGGGCCGUGCUCUGCAGCUAAUGCUCUUGGCUCCUGUGGGGCUCCCUGGAGGCUGGGCCGGGUGUCGGGGGUGGGCCUCAGUUGCAGCAUGUUUUGGGGGUGAGGGCAGAUAGUAAGGUAGUGUUACUGCCUGGGCUCUUCCUGACUUCUUGGGAGGGCCAGGCUAGAGCUGUUUGUUCCCAAGCACCUUUUUUUAAUUAGCAUCCACCCAUCUGGGCAGGAGCAGGCUGAGGGCCUGACAAGAAAAGAGCCAGGCGCCUGCUGCCAACAACCCAAAAUUCCCCAUUUCUAAGGAAUGGAAAGAGGCCACUGAGGCCACGGCCAGCCCCUCCGUGUUAAGCACUGAAGACUGACAUGCAAAACAGAACCGGCUGAGCCGCCUACAGUGGAAAGUUGGAGCCAUGGUAUGUGGCAGGCGGACGGGGAAGCAGAGAGCUGCUGGGGAGAGUGAGACUCAGUGGACGUGGCGGGACAUGGCGGGGAUGUCGCAGUUCCUGGCGUGGCUAGGGGUGGCCAUUUGCCUCCUUCUCCCUGGGGUGGCUGGAACCCAGCACCAGGCAGGGCAGCCUAUGGACAGCGACAGCAUGGGAGGUGGCCUGCAGGAGCCAGCAGCCCCGGAAGUGAUGUUUGAGCUACUCUGGGCCGGGCUGGAGCUGGAUGUCAUGGGGGAGCUGCACAUUCAGGAUGAGGAGCUGGCGUCUACGCAUCCAGGACGCCGACUCAGGUUCCUCCUGCAGCACCACGUGCCCAGCGACUUGGAGGGUGCUGAGCAGCAGCUGUGGCAGCUCCAACGCCUGCGCAAGAGGCCUCCUCUUAGCCCUUGGGAGUUUGAACAGAUGCUCCUCACAGGCUUGUCCUGCGUCUACCGGCUCCACGCGGCUCGUGAGGCUGAGGAGCGGGGCCGCUGGGCCCAAGUCUUUGCCCUCCUGGCACAGGAAACACUCUGGGACCUGUGCAAGGGUUUCUGCCCCCAGGACCAGCCACCGUCUCUGGGGCCCUGGGCCUUGAUCCUUGACCCCUUCCCCUGACUUUCCCGUUUUACCUGCCAUUGUCCCUUGCCCCCCAGCAUUCCCUCUAAGCCAGACCCAUUUGGGGUGGGGACUUCCAUCUGGCACCUGCUGCUUCUCACUGUGUUGAGGUCUCUGGGCUUGGCUUACAUCCUGGACCUCCACCUACCCUACCCUCCCAUCUUGUUCUCUGGGCCCUGCUUGGCUGACAGCCAGGGCUCUGGGUCCCAGGCAAUAGGUUCAGAGCUGAGGGCAGAAGUUGUAAGGCAGUGUAUAUGUGUGUGUUGCGGUCAAGGGUCAGGGUUCUAAGUGUGUUCCGGAGAUGCUGAAAGGGAAACUGUCCCCAAGUAAAGAUCCAGGUAAGCCCCUCCACCUCCUACCUGGCAGAUGGUGAGAGGUCCUGCAAAAUCUACAGGAAUCUUUUAAGUGCUCAGCACCCAGUCCUCAUCUGGGUGUCCCUUUUACACCCAACCAAGACUCUAGGGUCCCUGAACCUCGGAGUUCCCUAUUUGGGCUAGAAUAGACUAUGCUUUUGGAGUUCUGUCUGUUGGAGGAGGGAGGCAGGUGGAGGCACAUUCUUUCUUUGGGAGGGUGAGAAAUGUCUUUUGGUCCGCCUCAACAAGGCUCAAAUGACCACCUUGGAGAAGGAAGAGGGGCAUAGGAGUCAGGGAGACAAGCUGACACAUGCGGGGGGUUGGGGUAGAUGCAGCCCUCAUCAUGUGUACCUCUUUCCAUAAAAAGCUCUGUUCUGGCCUCCUGGAGCUCUGUCUUUCUUUGUCAGAGUAAGCUGUCUUAUCUCCUGCUCUGGGCAAAUCACCCUCCAAUCGUGGGAGGGCAGGAGUCAGGGCCACCAGGAAUCAACUCCUCCUCCACAUUCCCAGUCCCUUCUGGAAGAAGGAGGAAUGUGCUGUUUCCUUGAAUCCCACAUUCCCAGUGCAGUGGG